ACAAUGGAUACUUUAAGUCUGUCAGUGAACGCGGUGUCCUACACCGUGGCAGCCGAACCCUCCACUGCUGAUGAUCCGUUUAAUGGACCCAUCAAGAACAUCGCGCCGUGGAACUUCACUGUCCUGGCCGUGCUCAUGUUUGUGGUCACCUCGCUGUCUCUGAGCGAAAAUUUCCUCGUUAUGUUUGUCACUUUCAAGUUCAAACAACUCAGACAACCCCUGAACUAUAUCAUAGUUAAUUUGGCCAUCGCUGACUUUCUGGUCUCCCUCAUCGGUGGAGUAAUAAGUUUCCUGACAAACGCCAGGGGUUAUUUCUUCCUUGGCAAGUGGGCUUGCGUCUUGGAGGGGUUUGCUGUCACUUAUUUCGGGAUUGUAGCCAUGUGGUCCCUCUCUGUUCUGUCCUUUGAACGAUUCUUCGUGAUCUGCCGGCCUCUGGGGAACGUCCGACUGCAAGCGAAGCAUGCAAUCCUGGGUCUGCUGUUCGUCUGGACCUUCUCCUUCAUCUGGACCUUCCCUCCUGUGCUAGGCUGGAACAGAUACACUAUAAGCAAGAUCGGAACCACCUGUGAGCCUGACUGGUAUACAGUCAACAUGACAUAUCACAGUUACAUCAUCACUUUCUUCUUCACCUGUUUCAUUCUGCCUCUUGGAGUAAUAUUCUACUGCUAUGGAAAGCUCCUGCGGAAGCUCAGGAAGGUGUCUCAUGGUCGCUUGGCCACUGCCAAGAAGCCAGAGCGGCAGGUGACCCGUAUGGUGGUGGUGAUGAUCGUGGCAUUCAUGGUGGGCUGGACACCGUACGCAGCAUUCGCCAUACUGGUCACAGCUCAUCCAACCAUUGAACUUGACCCCAGGAUGGCUUCCAUCCCCGCCUUCUUUUCGAAGACAGCUGCUGUCUACAACCCGAUCAUCUACGUCUUCAUGAACAAACAGUUCCGGAAGUGCCUAAUCCAGCUCUUCACUGGCAAGGGGACCAUCCCAGAGAGCAACUUCAACCAGACCUCAGAGCGACCAGGGAUUACUGCAGAGAGUCAAACAGGAGAAAUGUCAGCCAUUGCGGCCCGUAUCCCAGUGGGUGGCUCUACGUCGCCCAGGUCUGAUGACUCUCCAACCGACUGUGGCUCGUUAGCCCAGCUGCCCAUCCCAGAGAACAAAGUGUGUCCAAUGUAACCUCAUACCAAUAGGUGUUCCCUUACUGUCCUCUGAUCCCCAGAGUCCAUAUAACCUUCUGUAAUCUAGAUACAGUGUGUUUCAGAACCUGUUUGGACAGCAGCAGAACUUUAAAUCUUUCCUUCAUUUCUUGCGGAGAUGGAUGGUGCAGUGUGAAGAACAGAGAGUCAACUUUUGAAGGGUUUUCAUAGUUGAUGAUUCUAGCACUUUUUUAUAUUUUACUUGCAAAAGUAAUUAAGAGACACAAAACAUCAAAAACAAGAAAAAGUUUUGGGCUCCAGCAUGUUUCAGUAGUUUGUUCAAUAUUUGCUUUAACAACAGAGGGGACAAGAAGGAACUGUACAGAGAAAUGCUCAGAGCUUUACCCGCUAGAUGUCUUGUAAAUAUUUGCUUGUUGGACUCUGUUCUGCUGUUGGAGAAUAUCUUGGAUGUUCUCUUGACCAUCAUUGCACACCUGCUAGUCUGUCACAUUAGAGGGCACUUUAUUUGACUUGAUAGUGUCUGCCCUCAUAUCCCAAUGAAAAAAGAGACUGCUAAAAGCGCAAACU